AUGGGAGGGUUUCUGCUAAACCUCAAAGGAAAGGUUCAAAAGCCUGGCAAGCCUGGUAAUAGACAACUUAAAAAGCCCACAAUCGGCAACAAUGCCCUCCGAAAGAAUCUACUAGGAGAGAACGAGGAUGCUGAGAGCAAUACAAAGACCUCGAUUGAUGCCUUCCUGAAGAAGGGAGCGAUGGCUGGCGAGUCUGCCGUGGACCAACCUAAAGAACUAAUCAUCAAGCCUACUAAGCUUACAACGGGUCUUCUACGAAGGAAGAAAGAUACUCGUUCUAAAGACGCCGUUAAUGAUACUGUUGAAGACGAGGCACGACUGAGUCUAUUGAAAGGCGAGACUUUUGGCGCCGAUUCAGGUCUAGUCAUAGCUAGCGAAGAUGCAGAAGAGCUAGAACCUGUUGAAAACGACUACAACGAAGUGCCGGUUGAUCAGUUCGGUGCCGCCCUCCUACGAGGAAUGGGAUGGGACGGUAAGGACAACUUGAAGGAAGAUAAGGCUAUCAGCCAUAGACAACGAGGAGCUGUACUAGGGAUAGGUUCCAAGCCGUUGAAAGAAGACCUAGAAAAAGAAAUCAUGGGAGAUAAGAACACGAAGUUACAAGCGCCACUUAAGAAACGUGAGACGUAA